AUGGCUACGGGCUGUAAACUACCACAGCUUCCCUGGCCACUGGUGCUGGCUGCCCGGCUGCCAUAGGGUCAUAGACUCCCCGAAGCCGCAGUGCCCCAGCUUCGCGACCACGUUGAGAGCACACUUGCGACCUUUAGGAGUGAUCGUAGAUGAUUCCUUCCUCACAGAAGCCAAGAAUACCCAGAAACGCAAGCUUUCUCAGAAACGGAAGACGCUGCUUCUGAGUGGCCGUCCGACCAGAGGGAGAAGAUUCGGGCUCUGGAGCCCCUGAAGGCGAAGCUUGUCACUGUGAAUGAGGACUGCAACGAGAGGAUCCUGGCCAUGAGGGCUAAGGAGAGAGAUGAAAUCUCCAUGCUGAAGAAAGAGAAGAUGAAUUUGCUAAAACUUAUUGAUAAGAAAAAUGAGGAGAAGAUCUCAUUGCAGAGUGAGGUGACCAAACUGAGGAAGAACUUGGCUGAGGAGUAUCUGUGCUACCUCAGCGAGCAAGAUGCCCGUAAGAUCCUUAUUGCAGACCUGAAUGAGCUACGGUACCAGCGGGAAGACAUGUCACUAGCCCAGUCCCCAGGUGUCUGGGAGGAGGACCCUGUGAAGUUAACAGUGGCUCUGAAGAUGGCCCGGCAAGUGACCCGCACGCAGAUUGAACUCAACACCGUGAAGGCCAACUUUGGAGACGUGGUGCCCAGAAGGGACUUUGAAAUGCAGGAGAAGACCCUCAAGGAUCUGCAGGAGCAGGAGAUCCAGCACAUGGCCAUACCGCGGCCAGACUGGUCCAAGUGUGAAGAUGUGGUGGCUGGAGGACGAGAUCGCUGGCAAAUGCUGGCCGAGGGCAAGAACAGCGACCAGCUGGUGGAUGUGCUCCUGGAGAUUGGUGAGGGGCUGCUCCAGGAGAAAGACUUCUUCCCUGGUCUGGGUUAUGGGGAAUCCAUCCCCCGUUUCCUUCGGUUUGAUGGUGUCAUGCAGAACAAGAAGCCAACCAAGAAGGAUGUGGUAAACCUCCUCAAGGAUGCCUGGAAGGAACGUAUCACUGAGGAGCAGAAGUUCCCAGAUUUCUUCUUCAAUUUCCUGGAGCGUCGCUUUGGGCCUGGUGAUGCCAUGGCCUGGGCUUACACCAUUUUUUAAUGUACCAAGCUCUUCCACUCCAAUGAGGUCAUGAGUCAGUUCUAUGCAGUCUUGAUGGGAAAGAGGAAAGAGAGUGUGUACAUCAAGCAGAAUGAGACAACAGCAUAGCUGCUGAAGGAGAUGACCAGUGCUGACAGCCAGAACGAGGGGCUACUAACCAUGGAGCAGUUAAGCACUGCCCUCAAGAGUACUUUCCCCUUCAAGAAGGACAAGAGAAUUCAGGAGCUGAUGGAGGCAGGGGGCUGGCAUCCCAGCAGCAGCAAUGCAGACUUGCUCAACUACUGCGUAUUAUUUAUGGAGGACAAGGAGGGCCAGAGCGUGCCCUUUGUACAAAAGCUGUGGGAACAGUACAUGGAUGAAAAGGAUGAAUACUUACAGGAGUUAAAGCAGGAGCUGGACCUGGAACUCCAUGAUGAGGUGACCCUACCCAAGGUACGUGAGGCCUUGAUGAACAUUGAUCCCAGCCUGGACAAGCAGACCCUAAACAGCUAUUUGAGCCAGGCCUUCCAGCUCCCCAUGACAGAACUCCCAGAAGAGGGCGAGGAAAAGGAAGAAGGCAUUGUGAUAAGGCUCCAGGCUGCACUGGAACAGCUUCAGAUGAGUGAUGUUAGGCAUAUGGGGCCCUGAGAGCAGGAACCUGCAAGCUGA